ACCCAGUACCUACUUAUUUUAUAUUUAUUUUACUAUUUAAGAUUUUUAGUCACCGAAUGCAAACAAUUCAGUCAAUUUUUAGUCUUAUUAAUUUUACCAGACAUCCUAGAACUAAGUAUACGCAUUUUUAUUUUUAUUUAAUUAUUGGUUUUUUGUAUCAAACACUCUUUAGUCAUGAAACAUAACCAGUAAUGCUCGACAACCAACGUUGUUAUAACAUUUAAAAAUGGCACAAUAUUUGUUUGUGUUAACCAUUUUGGCGUUGACCUAUGCAUUUGGACAUUGCUCUCUGGGAGAUAGCUUCCCGUCUUACAGAAGUUGUGUUGUAGAAUGUUCACAGAAACGAUGCGACAAAGAUGGUGUAAGAUACAAGAGAAGCUGUUGUCUUAUAGUUUUAGAAGUUUUUAAAUGGAAAUGUUCUGAAAACUGCAAAUAUGAUUGCAUGUGGCCAAUGGUUGAAGGUUUGGUAGAACGCGAUUGGCCAGUUCCACAAUUUCAUGGAAAGUGGCCAUUUAAAAGACUACUUGGUCUACAAGAACCCGCAUCAGUUGCAUUUUCUUUAUUAAAUUUAUUUACAAAUUUGAUAAUGUUCAAUCGUUUCAAAGAACAAAUUCGUUUCACUUUACCAUCAUGUAAUAUAUGGUCUCUGUACACAUUGGUAUCAGCAAAUUGUUGGUUUUGGUCAGCUGUAUUCCAUGGCCGAGACACUAUGUUUACUGAAUUGAUGGACUACAUUAGUGCUUAUGCUAUGGUUUUGUUUGCAUUUUACACUAUUGGUCAUCGAAUUCUAUUAUACAGUAAUCAGAUUGUGAAGAAUACGUUUAUGGUUAUAUGUUCUCUUGCAUUUAUCUAUCAUUCAUUAUAUCUACUUACUACAGAAUAUGAUUAUAAGUACAAUAUGACUACAAAUCUUCUAGUUGGCGCUGUAACAGGCACAGCCAUGCUAAUAUGGGCAGUGUUGAAUCGUCGCAGAAUGGGCCAUGGUAAAUAUUUGAUAUUUUAUGUACUUGGCAUGACUUUGGCUUCAUUAUUAGAGCUAGCAGAUUUUCCACCACUUCUGUGGACAUUUGAUGCACAUUCACUCUGGCAUUUAGCUACAGCUCCAAAUGCAUAUUUCAUGUACAAGUUUGCUAUUGAAGACUGUAAACAUCAGCGUCGAAUGUUACUGAAAUGACAGUUUCUUGCACUGGGGAUACCUCAGAUACAAGACGAAUAAGACUUCAGUGAUAAAUUUAGUUUUCCUGGCCUACUGACCUUUAUUUGUCAUAUUUAGGUUUAAAUAAUUUUUUUUUUUUUACUUCCUGAGAUCACCAUGAUAUUUAUAUGAGUUAUAGUCUAAUUACAAGUAUAUGACUAUUUCCUCAUUGAAGUAAUUUGUGUUAUUUUUGAACACAAACUUUACUACAAUAUGUCAACCCAUCAAACUGAUAUGUAGGUAUAAGUUAAUAAAAUUAUAAUAUAUUAGAUAUUGUAUACAAAUAUGACAUAAGACUAUUUAACUAUUGAUCAAAUAUUUUACUCUUAUGUUUAUUGAGUCACUAGAAUACUAUAACUUAGUAAGAAAUAACUACUAUCCAUAUCUAAUACUA